UGAGAUUAAAAAAAAUCCACAACUCCACAAUAGAAGAGCUAACUGGAUCGUGGUUCACCUGGGCUGGGCGGUGGAACGGAGCAGAGAAGAGCCAACUGGAAAUCGCAGUUUGCUUAGGUAGGAGGAGAAGAAGCUCUUGCGGCACAGGUAGGAGAAGCUCUAGCAGGUGGGACGAUGCGAAGAAGAGGAAUAAAAUUGAGCGAGGGUUUUUAGGAAUAAAAUUGGAAGAAGCAGAAUCAGUUUGGAAGAAGCUGCUACUACCCAGCUUCUACAAAACUGAUUUUUCAGCCUUUUAAAAUCACUUUUAAAAUCAGAUCCAAACACUUACAAAAUUGAUUCUGCUUCAUAGUGCUGCUUGGAACAGCAGAAUCAGAUUGUAGAAGCGGUUCCAAACACCCCCAUAAUCACUAAUUCCUCGCACGUUUCACGGUCACCGGAAGCAAUCCAAUCCCUAAUUCCUCGCUUAUUCACUCCUUUCACACUAGAAGUAAACUGAACUGAGCGUGAAUCUCCAUUCCCCCCUGAUAAUCAGCAUCAAAAUCUUCGAUGUGCUUCUGAAAAGAAGCGAAACGGCUGCAAAUCCGCACUUGGGAAGGCUUGCACGAAAAUGGUCUCUGCCAUUCCAGAACAGGGAGUUGGGCAUCAGAUCGAUUGAAUUUGUUCUAAUAGACGAGGAGGGUACAAGAAUUCAAGCUACUGUGCCACAAGAGUACAUUCCACUGUUUGAAGACCAUAUUGAAGAGGGGAGACUUUAUGCCUUUAUGCACUUCACUCUGAGAGAGAAUGUUGUGGAGGCCAACACAACAUCCAUAUCGGUUUUAUUUUAAUCAAAGGACUAAGUUUAUGCCCCAGCCAAAUGGUACACACCCAUUGUUUCCUCUCACUACUUAUAAAUUCACCAGCUUUGAGGAUGUUAUGAAUUCUCCAGAUAUUGACGGUCCUGAUCUAAUCGACAUAAUUGGGGUAUACAAUCCAUCCGAGCUCGUGAAGAAGCCCCCUGCAUCCGAAGACCCUUCAACCUGGUGCAGCUUUCAACUUCAUGAUUUACAGAAUAAGGUUCUUAAUUGCACUCUCUGGAAUGAGUAUGUUGACCAACUUGAUACAUAUCUAUUGGCCCCAAGACAGAAUCCCAUAGUUGUCUUACUGCAGCUUUGUCGUAUAAAUAAACGAUGGGAUGGCACUAAGGGAGUAGCCACCUCUUUUUAUGUUUCAAAGUUAAUAUUGGAUGAACAUAUCACUGAGAUUGAGGAUUUCCGAAGCAGUUUUCUAAGCACCAAAGGCUCUUUCCCAUCGCCUUUAACGCAAUCAUCAUCAUCCUCAGUUCUCUCUGCCGAUGUUGCUGCUGAAAUUGGUCUUACCAUACCACUCUCUGAGUUGUCAUCGGCUAAAGAGGUUCAUGGUUGUUGGGUAUAUGGCCAAAUAAGUUCCAUUAUUUCUUGGAAAACAUGGGCUUAUUUGGGGUGUGAUGAACCUAGAUGUUUCAAGAAAGUCAUCAAAGACAAUGGUAAACUUCGUUGUGUAAACUGUCACAAACAAAUCUGUAAAGGUAUUUGGCGAUAUAACUUAAGGUUGAGAGUCAACCAUAAUUGUGACAACGUUGAAUUCAUGUUCUGGGAUUUGGAGGCACAACGACUCUUAGGAAAGGCCAGCAAUUCAACAUCCACCUAGAUGCGGAAAAGCUAGCACCAAAGAGCCUUCCUGAAGAGAUAAAAGAACUAGUUGGAAAGGAAUUAAUAUUCAAAAUAGACAAGGUACAUGAAAAUCGCACAAGUGGCGGUGUGUAUUACUCUAUUGGCAUGAUCUCAGAGGAUAGAGAGAAAAUAGGGCAUGUGAAAGCUGCAGUUGUAUUGCAAUCCGAGCCUAUAAUUCUGAUGAUGAUCUAGAGCUGCUUUCCUACUCCACAAUAGGGGUGGAGUCAAGCAUGACUCCAAGCUCCGUUGAUAAUGAAAAUGUCCCAACUCCACACUCAUCAAUUUCAAAACGAGUUUCAGAAGGUGAUCCUCUAGGAUCUGAAACAGGAUCCAGCCUAGGCUCAAGUGUCAAAAAACAGAAGUUCAUCAAGCUAGAGAUGGAAUGAAGUUCAACCUUACUGAUUUUAUAAUGACGUCUUUAAAGCAUUCUGCACUCUUAAAAAAUUAGGAUUAAGUAGCAUAUAUAGUUGGUCCAUGACCAUCUCUUCAUGAUGUUUUUUUUAAGUAUCUCUUCAUGAUGUUUUUCAUGAACGUGCUCUUUUAAUAUUAGUCCUAAUAAAUUUGGAUUUCUAGCAUAUAUACUUGAUCCUUUGAAUGAUUCUCUAUUUUUCUUUGGAAAUAGGUCCUAUUGUUAAAAUUAUUAAACGGUAUUG